UCUGGCCUCGCGGACGCCACCAUGCCCUCACCCCCUGCCAACCCCCCCAAAUCCCUCACCACCCGCCUUUACACCUCUCAUUUCCUCUCCACCUGGAACUCGCGCCUCUUCGAAAUGGGCGCCGUCCUCUUCCUCGCCGCCAUCUACCGCCAGACCCUGCGCCCCAUGUCCAUCUACGCCCUCGCGCGCAGCGGCGCCGCCAUCCUGCUUUCUCCGGCGGUAGGGUCGUGGAUCGACCACGGGGACCGGCUGAGUGUGGUGCGGGUGUCGAUUGUGGGGCAGCGCGUCGCCGUUGCGGUUUCGUGCGGGCUGUUUUGGUGGUUGUUGUUUAGUAAACUGACGACCGGUUUAUUCGCCUUGACCGUAGUGUUGGCUUGCGUCGAGAAGCUGUGCUCGAUCAUGAACUUGGUGUCCGUGGAAAGGGACUGGGUGGUCGUUAUCACCCAAGACAACGUGGUAGCUCGACGGCUGCUGAAUGCGCGGAUGCGCCGCAUCGACCUGUUUUGCAAGCUCGUGGGCCCACUGGCCAUAUCCCUGGUCAACGGGGCGUCGACGAGAAUCGCCAUCUGGGUCACGCUCGGGAUGAACUGCAGCUCCGUGCUGGUCGAGUACUUCACCAUCGCGACCGUCUUCCACAGAGUCCCAGCCCUUCGCCGCACAACAACCACCACCACCAUUACCACCACCACCAACGCCGAAGGAGCCAUCGAGCUGCAACCAGCAACCCACGAAUCUACCUCCAACCCUACUCCUCCACCUCCCACUCCCAAGACCAAACACCUCACCACCUCCCUCCUCGCCCUAGCAUCCCACAUCCUCCCCCUCCCCACCCUCCCCUUCUACAUCCACCACCGGGCCUUCCUCCCCUCCCUCUCCCUCUCCCUCCUCUACCUCACCGUCCUCUCCUUCUCCGCCCAAAUGCUCACUUACCUCCUCGCCUCGGGCUACACCUCGACCCACGUCGGCCUCGCCCGCGCCCUCGCCACCUGCUUCGAGCUCUCCGCCACCUGGCUCGCGCCCCGCCUGCAAUCCCGCAUCGGCGCCAUCCGCGCGGGCAUCUGGUUCCUAAGCUGGCAAAUGGUCUGGCUCGCGGCGGGACUCUCGUGGUUCUUCGGCACCACAACCACAACAAACACGACAACAAACACGACAACGACAACGACUACAACCAUCUCAGCCGCAACCGGUCUCGUCAUCGCCACCGCGCUCUCCCGCAUCGGGCUGUGGGGGUUCGACCUCUGCGCCCAGUCCAUCGUGCAGGAGGACGUCGACGAGUCCCACCGCGGCGCCUUCUCCACCGUCGAAACGGCCUUGCAGAACGCGUUCGAGAUGCUGUCGUUCGCGUCGACGGUUGUCUGGGCGAGACCCGAUCAGUUCCGGUGGCCUGUGGUGGUGAGCGUCGCGGCUGUGUAUGUGGCGGGGGGGUUGUAUGCAGGGUUUGUGCGGAGGAGGAGGGGACACUUGGUGCAUGCGCCGGCGUGUGUGAGGCCAAAGGUGGAGGGGGAUUGAAUGUUGAAGAGGGUGUUGUGAGAGAAAUGGGCUUGGUGUCUUGCCGUCAUUUUGCAGUAUCCAGGCCGCGGGAAGUCCACCGCAGCUUAGCAAUGUAGACAUUCCGAUAUCUAUUAUCCAUAAGCGUGCAUUCUACUUGGAGGAUGGAUGAUAGUGCAUCUUCGUUGCAGAUCAUUCAUACAUCAAUAUCCUGGUUUGGAAACCUUCACUGCGUUCAAGAAUGGGAGACGCGGCCAGUGGUCGACACCCCUUAGAAAUAGACGUUACC